AUGAGAAUAAAUAUAUGCUUACAUAAUUUUUUUUUUUUGUUUUUUUUUUGUUUUUUUUUUUUGUUUUUUUUUUUAAAUACAACUGAAUGUUUCCAACAAGAGGAAAAGUUAAAAAAAUUGAAGAAAUUAUUAAAUAAGAAGAUUAAAUUUGAUAUUAAUGAAAAACAUAAAAAUGGUUAUAAAAGCACAAGAUAUUCAUUUAUAUAUAUCCAUGAAUUAACUUUGACUGAUUAUGUAGAUUAUGUGUUAAAUAAAUCAGCAGAUUAUGAUUGUGUUUUAUUUUAUAUAAAUGUAGAAAGUAAUAAUAAUAUUUCCAAGUUGGAUAGAAAAACUCUUAUUUUAUUAGAAAUAUUUAACGAAGUAGCACGACAAAUCAUAUUUAAUAAUUUUGUUUUAUAUAAUGAAUAUGAAGAUGUAUUAUUAAAUAAAGAAAUAAAAAACCAAGAUAUAGAAACAGUACAUAUAAAUAAUACAAAGGAUGAUAAUAAUAUGUAUGAAACUAAAGAUGCUAAUGAUAAAUAUGGAAAAAAUAAUGUUUCAUUAUUAAAGCCUCUUUUCUUUUUUUAUAUAAAUUUUAAUAAAUCACAUAUGAAUCCUAUAAAACAUGUACAUAUGAUAUAUAAUUUGCCAGAAUUUGUUUAUAUAAAUAAUAAUACUUUUUCUAAUGUAGAUUACCAAUUAAUUAUAGAUAGCAAAUAUAUGUUAGAGUAUUAUAUAAAAGCUAUAAAAAAAAUUGAUUAUAACCAUACAGAGAUAAAUAAUAAAAUGAUUGAAACAUAUUUUAAAGAAUUUAUAUAUUUACACAAUAAAGACAAUAUGAAUAAAAUUCAAGAAAAGAAUCAAAAAGAAAAGGAAAAGGAAAAAAUAUUUAUAACAUUAUUAAUUAUUUUUCUAUUUCUAUUUUUAUACAUAUUUGUAUUAAUAUUACAGAAAUAUAAUUUCCUAAUUUUUUUAUGUUCUUAUUUAUUAUACUUUAUUUGUUUAAGUGGAUUAUUUCAUUGCUUAAUUAAUAAAUCAGAAUUAUAUAAUACAAGUAAAAAUUUAGAUUCUUUUUUCCAUAAAUAUAUAUAUCGUUCAACUAAUUCACAAUAUAUAUGUGAAGGAUUUAUAUUUUCAUUCCUCAUUCUGUUUAUCACAUUAUUGUUUUUUAUAUUAUUAAAAUUUUCAAGUAAUAUAAAAGAGGAUACAUUUCUAUUAUUACAUAAAAGUAAAAAAAUAAAUAUACUUUCUUUGUGUAUUUUAUGUGUCAUAUUUAUGUCUUUAAAAUUCAUACACGACAUUAAUUUAUAUAAAAUUUAUUUCUCCACUUAUUAUUUUUUCCCUCCCCUCAAAUUUUUUAGAAAGUGA